GUCGACGUUGACAGCUCCGUGCAUAAAUUCUAGUACAAAGACUAGGGUAAAACGGUCGAUAGGUCCAAACGACGUGAAAGGACCGCAGCGUCACGACCAUUUCUCUGCACACUCUCUAGGUCAGCGGCCUCGAGCCCUUUUCCUUCAGACAGUGUAGCCAUGUCGCUUUCGGGCUACUUCAGUCGCCUGCUGGAGGCCUCCGGCAAGAAGUCGGUCGGGUCCUUCUUCGCAUCGUGGGAGUUCGGCAAGAUGCUGGUAGAUGGCAACCUUGCGCACAACGUGCUGGUCCGCGCCACGGGUGCCGGGCGGCUGGUGGGCACCGACUACAACGGCAACCGGUACUACGAGAACGAGGAGGCGGCCUACGGCCGGCGGCGCUGGAUCGUGUACAAGGACAAGUUCGACUACAACCCCACCACCAUCCCUCCCGAGUGGCACGGCUGGCUCAACUACAUCAACGACUACAACCCCACAAACACGCAGUUCAAGCAGCCCACCUACCAGAUCGAGGCUUCCAUGACCAAGACCGGCACGCAGACCUGCUACAACCCCAAGGGUUCCUGGUUCAGCGCCAAGCCGCGCAACUGGCGCAAGUACGAGUCUUGGACCCCCGCCAACAAGUCCGCCUAAGCGGCCGCUGUGGCGCCUCCAGGGCGGCGCAGGGGGCGGGUCCUGUGCGCCGCCCAGCAGCGCCGCCGCUGCUGACUAUCCACGCCUCUUGUGCUCGGUUGAGUAGCUUGUGAGUAGCUUGUAAGUAGCUUGUGCUCAGCUGAGUAGCUUGUGCUCAACUGAGUAGCUUGUGCUCAGCUGAGUAGCUUGCACGGCCGACGUGGCGGUGCAGCGCGGAGGGAGCGGCCGCGGCCUCAGAGGCAAGAAAGGUCUGAGCCCGGGGCUCAGGCCGGACGUAAGCGAGCGGCGCCAGCGGCAGCCGAAGCUCUGUAGGAAGAUGGCGAGUGCGAUGCAGUGGGAAAGGCAGCGGCGGCAGGGGCAAGGAGGGGUUGUGCACAGGUGUAGCAUGGCGUGUGCAAUGGAGGCAUCGUUGGAGUGGUUCGGCCAGGUGUGACGUGCGUGGGCGGUUGGGGCCGCCUCGCCGCCAGUAGCUUUGGCAACAUGAGCUUAUAAUCGCUAGAGAUGGAACGUUUAGGUAGGAAGUUAGUGCCGGAAUUUGAACGUAGAGAGUGGGAGGCAGGGGAGGGCGCUCACUAGAGGGUGUGGGGCAGGCAGCAGUUGCAAAGCAGCUGGACCUUGUGGGGCUAGAGUAGUAAGCUUGGCAUGAGGCCAUUAGCAAUGUGUAAAGCAGUCAGUUCGCUGACAAACUUAUCGACAUCGGCACCGUAGCUGCAGGCGCAGCUGCAGAGCCGGCGGGCCAGGCGUAGCACUGGAAGACUGCAAGAGCGGCUGCGGG